CCACCCUUUCCCUUUAGACUCUCUCAGCCCCCUACCGCGCCCCUUUCCAAGCGUGUCCCGGGCCGCCGCCGCAGAAACCGCACCAUCUCUAUCCCCACAUUCUCCACGCGGGACGCGCAGCCGGGUCUACAAGUGUUCUUAGAACAGAGAUGAACAACACUGCAGCCAGCCCAAUGUCUACUGCCACUUCAAGUAGUGGAAGAAGUACAGGGAAGUCUGUAAGCUUUGCAGCAGAAUUACAGAGUAUGAUGUUUUCUCUAGGUGAUUCUAGGAGGCCUCUUCAUGAAACAGCAGUUUUGGUAGAAGAUGUAGUACACACUCAGUUAAUUAACCUGUUACAGCAAGCUGCUGAAGUUUCUCAGCUUCGGGGAGCAAGGGUAAUCUCUGCUGAAGAUCUUCUGUUUUUGAUACGCAAAGAUAAGAAAAAACUUAGAAGACUGCUAAAAUACAUGUUUUUCCGAGACUACAAAUCAAAGAUUGUCAAAGGCAUCGACGAGGAUGAUCUUCUGGAAGACAAAUUGAGUGGCAGUAAUAAUGCGAACAAAAGACAAAAAAUCGCUCAAGACUUUCUCAACUCUAUUGACCAAACAGGAGAACUCUUGGCAAUGUUUGAAGAUGAUGAAAUUGAUGAAGUUAAACAAGAAAGAAUGGAGAGAGCAGAAAGACAAACUCGAAUUAUGGAUUCAGCACAAUAUGCAGAAUUCUGUGAAAGUCGACAGUUAAGUUUCUCCAAAAAAGCCUCCAAAUUUCGAGACUGGUUGGACUGCAGCAGUUUGGAGAUAAAGCCCAAUGUUGUCGCUAUGGAAAUUUUAGCAUAUUUAGCGUACGAAACUGUGGCACAGUUAGUGGAUCUGGCUCUUCUUGUGAGGCAGGACAUGGUAACCAAGGCAGGAGACCCCUUCAGCCAUGCCAUUUCUGCCACCUUCAUUCAGUAUCACAGCUCUGCUGAGGGGUCUUGCCUAAGGUCCUACCCAGACUCUCCUGAGAACACGCCUCCUCCUACACCGAGCGCUCCAUCAUCUGGAUCACAGCUCUCAGGGAGAACCACAUCAGGAUCCCUAGGGAAUGGGAGUGCUGGACAAGACUCAGCUAAAACCAAACAAAGGAAAAGAAAAAAGAGCACUGCGGCCUGUGGUGUUGAGGCUCACAGCGAUGCCAUCCAGCCCUGCCACAUCAGAGAGGCCGUUCGACGCUACGGCCACAAGAUUGGCCCCCUUUCCCCAUUCACAAGUGCCUACCGCAGGAAUGGGAUGGCUUUUCUGGCCUGCUGAUGUGACUGUGACUGAGACAACAGGAAAGGCAAUGUUAUAUUAAGGUGAUUUCUGUUCCCCUCCUUGGGCAAAAUAAAAUACAAGUUUACCUUC